CCUUAAAAAAUCAGAUCUCUCCGCGAGUUUAUUUAACGAACCUGGAUAAGGUCCUUGAUCUAUUCCCGCGUACCCGGAGGGCCACGCAACUGGAGAAGCUUGUGCUUUGUAGAUGAGCGCUUAAAACACGCGCCCACGACGAUAGACGGACGCCCUGUGCCGGCCGACCCAGUGAGCGAGGAGCAACUGCUACCAAUCCCAGCCUGUUUGAAGAGACCGCUCUCUCUGUAGCGCGUGUGUGCGUGUGGGGGUGAGCGAGCGGUGGCGACCGACCACAGGCUGCUCACACUACUAUUGUGAGAGCGCGCGCUACGGAGCCCACACGGUGUCGCCGGUACUCAAGCGAGGGAGCACGUGCGUGCAUUUCACCUUGUUGUCCUGAUCAUCAGAGUGCUAGAGAAACGAGUGUGUUUGUUCCCCUCAAACUGUUGUCCGCCUCUCCGCCCGCCUGUCUGUCUGUCUCCUUCUGCUGCGUUUUCCUAUUCUUCUAGAGGAGCAGACUAACCAUGAAUUGUAUUCUACUAAGACAGAGAAAAAAGUGACGACGAUGGUUGUGGUGGUGGUGGUGGUUUAAGAUUCACUUUGGAUACGUACUCUAGUUGGAUUACUGCCGCUCUGUAAACUCUCAAUGGGGCUCACAAAUUGAAUUAUAACAGAACAGUGGUACACCAUAGGGAUCAAGAAGUGCACGAGAAGUGUGGCUCAGGGAACCGACCUGGGAACUGUUUAAAGGAGCAGACAGAGAAACACAAAAGACGCAGUAUUGUGCAGUCUGCCGGGAUACAACAUUUGUGAAGCUCUUCAGACGUUGACUCACUUUUAAGAAAUUUGAGUGGCCAGUUUGGGAUCGAUUUUCAAACCAUAAUACUUCAACGAUCACGACAUUUUGCAAAAUAUCACUCAAGCAAUAGCUAGAGGUUUGGGUAUGGUGUUCCGGAGGAGAAAGUGAGACACACGUGCGUGUUGUCUUCGUUUAAUGUGCAAUUUUCUCUGAGGUCAGUGUAAUUCACGUAUUAUGUUUGAUUUUCUUGAAGCAGAGGAAUACAAUGUAACACAAAUAAGAACUGAAAAACUGAAAACAUAGAAUACAGGACCACACACCAGAAGCAACAAGAACCCUCGACAACAACAACAACAACGACACCAACACAAGGCCAAGGACAACAUCGUUAUUCGUCAAUUUCAUGGCCGUGAUUUUCCGACGUCUAGAAUGUUAAUGACGUCCAAUUCUUCUCUUGGGGUCUGCUGAUAGAUCCUCACAAUCCCAACAAUCGCAAAUCCAGAAAAGAAAGUCAUAAUCUGAGCUCUCAAGGUGGAUAUACAACGACCAAGAACGUCUAAGAACGCAAAUUGGAUAAACAACGGCAGCUUAGCGCCCUCUACUCAAGACACGGCAGGGGCCAUAACCGCGGAGAACAAUGGGAUCUAGCAGUUGUCCGGACCUGCAGCCUGGCAGCGUGGAUCAUCAGAAUGGCUGAGCACGGCGUGAGUCCGCACGGAAUGCACGCGCUCUGGCUCCUCUGCCUUCUGCUCCCGCUCACACCUGCACUCGCGGACACGGAUCCAAGUCCUGACUACAAGUCCUCUCUGCCCCGCGACCCUCGCCCUCAAAUGAAGCUCCCGGUGGACGACUUCCCGCUGCUGGCAGGGAACAAGGCACGGGUCAAAGGUGGCUUCCGCCCACCCCUCCCCCUAGAGACCACCACAAGGCUCCCGGAGUUCGUGCCAGACGGUCCCCGGCCUUACAUCCCGGACCCCAGUUUCAUGCCCGGUGACGUGGACAUCGCUGUCCAUCAAGGAGACGUGGCGGUCCUUCCCUGCACGGUGCAAAAUCUGGGCACUAAGGAGGUUUCGUGGCAGAAGGUGGGUGGCGACCACUUUCUGAGUAUCGGGACUCACGUGUGGGUGCAGGAUCAAAACCUAAAGGUGGCGCACCAGAACUGGCCGGCAGGGGUCAGCGACUGGAAUCUGGUGUUCCGGGAGGCGCGAGUGGAGGACUCGGGCAUGUACGAGUGUCAGAUCAUCGCCACAGAGAAGAUGUCCUGGAGGGUCAAGCUGUCCGUUAUAGAAAAACCUCCACACAAUCCAGUGAUCAGCAUUGAGGGCCAGGAGUUCGUGGAGUCGGGCCAGACUGUGUACCUCAGGUGCAACACCACAGAGGGCGACCGGAUACCAGACGACGUGGACUGGUUCAAAAAUGGCGACAAAAUCGACCAGAGCACGUACCCAAAUGUGGUCAUCACAAAAUACAGAAUGGAAGAGACGAUGUCUCUAGUCAGCGAACUGCUCAUCAUGAGUGGCCACAACCGCGACUCGGGCACGUACAUCUGCCGAAGCUCCUCAGAACUCAUCGCCAGUGUCGAGGUGAACGUGCUCGUGGCUAACAGUCCGAACGUGAAACGGGGUAAGCCUCUUAAUGGCACUGGCACGUCAAACACACAGACCGGAAGCAGCCCAAGGGGAGAGAACUCUGCCAUGUACCUCCCCUUGUUCUUGAGCAACCCGUUCAUCUUCAGCGUGGCCUUGAUGACACACUUGAUUAUUCGUCAUUUGAUCACGUGACCAUAAGUCCAAAAGUUUAUUCACAACACUAUAAUAUAUUCGUUUCGCAGCAAGACUGAAGAGGAAUCGCCCAACCCGGUGGUUCCUCUCAUUUUCUCAUAAUUUGGAUGUGAACGUUUUCCUACUUUACCCCCGCAUCCAUCGGAAUUGUCUGAAGGGGAAAAGGAGAGACUAGUUCUUAACACCGUGGUGCUGUACAUUGCACGGGAGCGACAGUGAAGUGAUUAGCUACUUCUGGAGUCUAUAAAACCAUAGCUACUUCUGGAGUCAAUAAAACCAUAGCUACUUCUGGAGUCUAUAAAGCCAUAGCUACAUCUGGAGUCAAUUAAACCAUAGCUACUUCUGGAGUCAAUAAAACCAUAGCUACUUCUGGAGUCUAUAAAGCCAUAUCUACUUCUGGAGUCAAUAAAACCAUAGCUACUUCUGGAGUCAAUAAAGCCAUAGCUACAUCUGGAGUCAAUUAAACCAUAGCUACUUCUGGAGUCAAUAAAACCAUAGCUACUUCUGGAGUCAAUAAAGCCAUAGCUACAUCUGGAGUCAAUUAAACCAUAGCUACUUCUGGAGUCAAUAAAACCAUAGCUACUUCUGGAGUCUAUAAAGCCAUAUCUACUUCUGGAGUCAAUAAAACCAUAGCUACUUCUGGAGUCAAUAAAGCCAUAGCUACUUCUGGAGUCAAUAAAACCAUAGCUACUUCUGGAGUCAAUAAAACCAUAGCUACUUCUGGAGUCAAUUAAACCAUAGCUACUUCUGGAGUCAAUAAAACCAUAGCUACUUCUGGAGUCAAUAAAACCAUAGCUACUUCUGGAGUCUAUAAAGCCAUAGCUACUUCUGGAGUCAAUAAAACCAUAGCUACUUCUGGAGUCAAUAAAGCCAUAGCUACUUCUGGAGUCAAUAAAACCAUAGCUACUUCUGGAGUCAAUAAAGCCACAGCUAUUUCUGGAGUCUAUAAAGCCAUAGCUACUUCUGGAGUCUAUAAAGGCAUGGCUACUUCUGGAGUCAAUAAAACCACAGUGGAAACAGCGGUGCUCUAUGCGGGACUAAACGGGAGCGACAGUGAAGUGAUUAGCUACUUAUGGAGUCUAUAAAACCAUAGCUACUUCUGGAGUCAAUAAAACAAUAGCUACUUCUGGAGUCAAUAAAACCAUAGCUACUUCUGGAGUCAAUAAAACCAUAGCUACUUCUGGAGUCAAUAAAACCAUAGCUACUUCUGGAGUCUAUAAAGCCAUAGCUACUUCUGGAGUCAAUAAAACCACAGUGGAAACAGCGGUGCUCUAUGCGGGACUAAACCCAACCUUUCCGGACGUAGAGCAUGCUGGUUCGUGAAAACAGCUCGAGAAAUGGCGAGAAAAGGACGUUAUGUCGCUGGGUACUCUUGGCUCAUGUGUUCUGGUUUUCUUCGUUUGUGAAGAAUGGUGGUGAAAUCAGGCGCUCUUUAAAAUAAUGAAAUCGAAGACAUUGGCAUAGCACGUUUGCCCAUUUUUUAAAUCGAAUUUUAGUUUAUUGGCUCAACACUUUACACGUCCAUUGAAAAACACAUUUCUAUGUGAAUUUUACUUGAAAAAAAGUUGAUUAAAGAAACCCC